AUGGCACCCAAAACUCCCACAGCGCCGCAGUUCCCUCGCUUAGACCCUCCGUCACCAUUUCGCUCUCCCUCUCGGUCCCCUCGACGCAGAGCUCAAUUCGCCAUUCGAGAGCUCGACCCUCUCCUUGGAAACUUGACGCCGGACUCGACGCUGAGAGCACUGCAGGCCACAGAAACGAUUUCCGGUGGGGCUGCGCAAGAAGAUGCUUUGACAACGAGCAUUGCGGAUGCAACCCCCGCCGAGCGAGAAAUUGGGAUAAGAGCCGCUUUCGCCGCUCAGAAACUGCGGGAAUGGAAGAAUGAAUUGUCACAAUGGACGUGGCCAGGCAAGAAAGAGAGGGGAUUUGGUCUAGGAUUUGUACCUCCGUCAAAUUCAAGCGGCAAGGCUGAAGAUUACCGCGGCUGUUUGCCUGCGUCUGUGGCGGAGGACUACGAGGGGAGAAUCGAGGACAUUAGGGACGACCUGGACAGUUUGGGCAUUGACGAGAUCAAGGACCAUGUGCUCGAAGCUCAUCUGCCAGCAUCGAGUCCGACAACGUCGUCUCGACCCGUGGGUCCACGCUCCAGCUACGGAAGAAUGCGCGAUUUCACUGCCCUGAUCACUGCGACGGUGAUCCAAGCACUCCCAGACCUUGCCAAGGUGAAUAUGCUGCUGGACACCUGGGACGUGCGGUUAAGAGUAUUGAGAGACCUCCCGAGAUUCCUCGAUGUUAUGCACUCCACCCAAUCCGAGAUCAAGCAAGCAUUUAAAGAGAUCAGAACACCAGAUUCCGCCCAAGCGCUGACUGACUCGUCUUUGGACGAGAGGAAAACGACGUUGGGUGGACGGGUGUCGGACAUGGGGCGUCGCAUCGAUCGAUUUCUGGAUAUGCUUGAAGGGCGUGAGGAUUCUCUGCCACAGGCCUGGAUCGAUACCCUCGAGAAGAUCGAGCUCGACUAUGCCACCUGGGCGGUCGAAGCAGACCACGUUGUGCUCAGAAACAAGCUCGCCUCAAAAUCUAGCAGAGACACGGAGACGAAAAAUAUUGCUGGAAGCCCAGCACCUCCGGAAUCCUCACACCAAGGAAGUCCAUUGCGAGAACCAGACGAGCUGUUAGAGGUCGCCCAACCUCCUACCACGACCCACAACCUACCUGAAGACACAGUCCCAGAUAUUUUUCCAUCAGACAAGGAGGCCGUCAAAACCAAGCACAAACCUUCGCUGAAGCUUGACCUUUCCGACCAAAAGGGCCACAAGCGAGAUGUUUCCAAAGUCUCGGUUGCUGAGUCCAUGUACUCGACGUUGUCGGAUAUAUCAAACGCAGAGAUCAUGGACGCCAGGACAACCAGCGUGCUUCCAAGUCCCAAGAUUCAUGUGGUGGAGAAUCCUCUUCCGACAAGCCACGAUGAGAUUGCUUGGUUUGGGUCGACGUACGCAGCUCAGCAACAGCUGGCUUUGAAGCCGCCCAUGCUCCAGCGUGCGUCGACUGCCUCCAUAGAGGUCUUCCCGAAAGACAAAUUGAAACAAGUUGUGCUGAGACGGGCGGCCAGUUGGGACAUUCUGACGCAAAUGGCAGAGUCGGCAGACAGCACUCCCUCCAAAGCACUGACACAAUUGACAGGUGGUGCCGAGUCUACGGCGAAGGCGCCUACAGCUACAGUGGAAGUACACGAACACUCAUCACCGGCGAGCGAGGCUUCGACUCCCGUGCAAACAACCCUCGAGGUCAGGUCUUUAGAUCCACACUCGACGCCCGAACCACUUAUGCCCGUUUUGCCAAGGAGGUCGAGCAAGCGCAUCAGUACAGUCGACGGUACUCCCAUCACACCAGUAGCAAGCAGGGGUCAAGAAGAAGGUUUGGAGGGAGCGCGUUCCGCCACGCUGAUGGCUGGGGUUGGACAAUCUCCCAGACGGCCAAAAACGAGAGAAUCGCUCGACGACAGAAUCCAAGACAUACUCACAAGCCUCCCUACUAGAAUCCGGUUGGCCAAAGAUGCAGAUGCUCCAUCGUCAUCCACCUCGUCGACCCGUGCUUCGACACCCACUGCGUCUUUGACAUUAUCACCAGCCAAAGCUGACACGUCGAGCCGCAGAGGCAGCCUUGCUGAUCCUGACAUCAGAUUGUACCAUUUGACACGGUCCGGACAGGGUCGCGAAGCCCCUCCAGUCAAGCUCUUUGUUCGGACCGUGGGAGACGGGGACCGUGUCAUGGUCCGGGUCGGUGGGGGAUGGGCCGAUCUUGGAGAGUACUUGCGAGAGUAUAGUCUUCACCAUGGGAGCCGAGCGACCAUCGAUGGCCGACUUGAGGUUGCCAGCUUUCCCGGAAACGGAGCCAGAGACUCUGUGGGUUCGGGUGGUGGUACGUCGGCUCCCCAAGGACGCCGAAAAUCGAGAUCACCCGUCGUGGCCCAGACAACCUUCGAGGGCACCCCAUCGGUCGAGCUCGUUAACCCCAAGACACGACCAUCAGCUCAACGACAUCGUUCACCUGAACGUCGUAAGAGCAGGGUUGAGGGGACAUGGACACCACCUCCGGUACCACCGAUCCCAUCCUCUUUUACCGUCAGCUCUCCGGCGUUUCCCACGGCCACUGAUGACGAGAAUGGUGCCGAGGCAGGCUUUGUCGACCCUGACACGACCCUGUUGAAUGAUCAGUCUCAACAGCCUAGUCAAAGUUCAGCAACCGUAUCCCAGCCACGAUAUUCGACCAUCAUCGGCCCAGGCGGUGUCACGACAACAACGAUGGUGACUCCUCCUAGCACGACUACUAACUAUACUCCUCUUGGCGCUGCUGGCCCUAAGAUGAAUGUGCGUCGCGCGGCUACGUACGGGACGACGCCUGCCUCGAGUAAUGAUGCAUGGGUUCAGGGGAUGGUGGGGAAAGCCCGGGCAGUGAGCGGUGGUGGCAGUGCCACCAUGGUGCAAGGGCCUAAUGGCACGACGACGACUACGACCACCACAACCACGACGUUCCUGUCGACACCUCCUAGCAGGGGCCGUCGGCUGUCGUAUUUCAGUUCCAGCCCGAGCACCAAUGCGAACUCGAGCCCUGUGACGGUUUCCACCAGUCCAAGCACGAGUUCUGUUGGAAGUGAUGUAAAGAGUUCACGGCGGAUGAGCCUUGGUGCACGAUCCAAGAGCAACCGUAUGAGCCUGGGGGAUAUUGGGGGGAUCAAGAGGGUGUUUUUGAGGAAGAAAUCCGAGGGGCCGAGAUAG